GAAGUGACGAGAUUUGGGGCGGGCGCUGGGCUCUGCCGUUAGAGAAAUAUUAACUAAGAGUUCUAAGUCCGUUUCGGGGUAAAACUGGUUAGGAAAUACCUUAAAAAGAAAAAACCACUGGAGGCUAAAUAAGCGCAAACAACAAUGCAAAUCCCCACUUUCACGGUUGAUGCAUUUACAGACCGGCCAUUUUCUGGUAAUCCUGCGGCAGUUUGUCUGCUUGAAAGUGACUUGAAUGAAGAUGUGCACCAAAAAAUUGCAGCAGAAAUGAACCUUUCAGAAACUGCUUUCAUCAGAAAACUGCAACCUGGAGAUGACUUUACCAAAAGUUCUUGCUUUGGACUCAGGUGGUUCACCCCAGCCAAUGAAGUUCCUCUCUGUGGUCAUGCUACACUUGCAGCAGCUGCUGUGUUGUUUCACAUACAAAAAAACACAAAUGCAGUUCUCACAUUUGUGACACUGAGUGGGGAAUUAAAAGCCAGGCGAAUGGAAGAUCAUAUUGUCCUGGACUUACCACUUUACUUAACCUACCCACAGGUACUUCAGGAAGUGGAAGACUUAAUAAAGGCAGCCAUUGGUGACAUGGUUGUUCAAGAUCUUCGUUAUUCGCCUGACACAAAGAAACUCUUAGUCCGCCUCAGUGAUGCUUAUGAAAGGUCAGUGUUGGAAGAACUGCAAGUGAACGCACAACGCUUCUUGUCAGCUGAAAAGACAGGAAAGGUGAAAGGACUCAUACUCACUCUUAAGGGAAAUUCCAGUGGAAAACAUAAAGGCCAUGAUUUUUAUUCCAGAUAUUUUGCACCUUGGUAUGGAGUUCCAGAAGACCCUGUUACAGGAUCUGCCCAUGCUGUUUUAAGUAGCUACUGGUCAGAGCAGCUGGGGAAGAAAGAAAUGCUCGCUUUUCAAUGUUCCCGCCGUGGAGGAGAGUUGAAGAUUUCACUGCGUAAUGAUGGAAGAGUUGACAUUGCCGGGCAAAUUGCUAUUGUAUUAAAAGGAAACCUGACCUUAUGAAGAAAUUGACACUUAAAAUUUUAUCUCCCACACCUUCAAAUUAUUCUUAUUAUACUGUCUAUAUCUUAGCUCUAGGCAGUGAAUCACCACUGUCCUCAGAAGUCUUUGAUUACUUAUUGUCCAGUUAAAAAAAUUACUUGAUGAAAAUACUUCUAGUCUUCAAGAUCCUUGUUAUUGUUCUCUUCACUUUCAUCUUGCUACUUCAUAUGUGGACUGACCUCAGAAACUCUCCAAGGACAGCUAUCUUGUUUUUCAACUUUUAAAUGAUUCUUUCAUUUAUUUCCAAAUUCCAUGUUAAAAGCCAUUUCUGCUUUCUUGAUUGAAGCAUAAAGUUUUCUGAUUGAUAAAACAAUCAAACUUUUUCCAUAUUCAGUCAUUCUCCAUGAAAUCUGACUACAGUCCUUAAAAAAAAAAGUCACCAUAUGUUGAAAUGAUGCUCAUAAGUUCAUUAAUUUACUUGAAUUAAAAUAUGAAAAAAUAUAAAUGAUUUAGAAAUGUGUUUUAUGGUUCCAUUUUAUGAACAGUAUUUUUCAAAGAUGAAUGAUAUUUCAGUGGUUUGUAGUACUGCUACUUAGUCAAUAUUUUCAAUUAAAGUUUUAGCAGAAAUACUUAAGAGAUUGACAUAGUGAUGCACAUAAAACUGUUUAAAAUCUGAAAGAAAACUUUAUUGGUUACAGCAAUAUAAUUUACUUUUCAAAGGCUGAAGAUUUGCUCCUAAAUUAAAAGUUUAUUCUUCAUGAAA